AUGGCCCGAAUCAAGAUCCUGGACGGCGGUCUCGGCACCUCGCUCGAGACCGACUUCGCCGUCAAAUUCAGCAGCCACUCGACGCCGCUCUGGUCGUCGCACCUCCUCGUGUCCGACAACGAGACCCUGCUGAAGUGCCAGUCCAACUUUGGCCGCGUCCCCGUCGACGUGCUCCUCACGGCCACCUACCAGGUCUCCAUCCGGGGGUUCGCGGACACGACGACCUCGCAGACCCCGGAGGGUAUCCCGCCCGCGGCCAUCCCGGGGUACAUCGAGACGGCCGUCGGCAUCGCGGAGCGGGCCAAGGCGAGCGACGCGCAGGUGGCGCUGAGCGUAGGGCCCUACGGGGCGUGCAUGAUCCCCAGCCAGGAGUACAGCGGG